ACUCGCGGGGGCCGGGGCCGGGGCCGGGGCCGUGCGGCACGGGGGCCGCGAUGCCUCUGCUCUUGGCUGCGCUGCUAUUCUUGCUCCUGAUUGCGCUCUGCGCCCUCUUCCUAGGCCGGUGGCUUCUGGUCCGAUUGGCCACCAAGUGGUGUCAUCGGAGGCUUCAAGCUGAGCUGAAGAUUGGCUCCUUUGGCUUCUUCUGGAUUCAGAAUGUUAGUCUUAAGUUUGAGCAGCACCAGCAAACAGUGGAAAUUGAUAGUGUGUGGAUUUCCAGCAAACUCCUGAGCCAUGAUCUGCCGCAUUAUGUGGCACUGUGUUUUGGGGAGGUGCGGAUCAGAACUGAUCUACAGAAGAUGUCUGGCCUGCCUACCUCUUUCUCCACGACCACUCGGGUAGAUCACAAGGAGCUUCCCCUCAGCCCAUCCCUGCUGAGGAUUGCCUGCCAGCUUUUCUCUAUCCAUGUGGACUCUAUCAACAUUAUGGUUCUCAAGGUAGCUACCUCUGAGUCUCUGUGGCAUAUUCAGAUCAGCAGGAGCCGGUUCCUUCUGGAGAGUGAUGGAAAGAGGAUGGACUGUGAGGUGAGCCUAAGCCAAGUGAAUAGCAAAGUCCUGAAGAGUGGUCAGUCGGAGGACACUUGCCUGGCAGAGCUUUCCCUAGCCAUGGACCUGUGUGUGGAGGUGGCUUUAAGCAGCCUGCAGCUGAAGGCUAUCACCCUGUACGUGUGGACACUCCAUGCAGAGCUGCAUGAAGGCCUCUUCCACAGCCAGCUGCUGCACCCAAGCCUGGGAAGGCUUUCUUAUCAUCAAAGCUGUUCAGAGAUAACAGAAGACCUGGCUGAACCAACGAUUCCUGGCUUGAACCUUCUUCAGCUGCUACCAGAGAAAGUGAAAAUAGAGCUAGAGAAUACCAGUAUGGUACUGUCUAUGAACAGCCAGAAGAGGCACCUCAACUGGACACUGAAGCUGCUACAGUUCUCUUACCAUCGGGAUGAGGAUCAGUUGCCCCUUCGAAGUUUCACAGCUAAUUCAGACAUGGCCCAGAUGAGCACUGAACUGCUGCUAGAAGAUGGGCUGCUGCUUUCCCAGAGUCGCCAGCGCAUCAUCUGCCUAAGCUCCCUAAAGGCCAGUGUGCAGGUGACUACCAUUGACCUUUCUGCCUCUCUGGUGCUCAGCACAUGCAUUGUUCACUACCGGCACCAGGAAUUCUCUCACUGGCUGCAUAUGUUAUCUCGGGAGAGCCAGGGGCCAAAGCAAUCUCUCUCCCACCCCAGGAAAACCAGGAACUUCCCUCAAAUUCUGGCCCCCAUCAUCCUCAGCACUUCCAUCUCCAAUGUCAAUGUUUCCAUUCAGCUUGGAGAUACACCACCUUUUGCUCUGGGCUUCAAUUCUAUCUGUCUGGAUUACCAGCACCUGAGGCCCCAAAGCAUCCACCAGAGGGGUGUCCUGGCGGUGGACCAUUUGUGCUGGCGUGUGGGAAAUGACUCUCAUAUCCAGCGAGCACCCCACCCACCCAACAUGCAUGUCUGGGGUGAAGCCCUGGUCCUCGACUCCUUCACCUUACAGGGCAGCUAUAACCAGCCCCUGGGCCUGAGUAGCACUCAGUCAGACACCCUCUUCCUCGACUGUACCAUCCGUGGUCUGCAGGUGGAGGCAUCAGAUACCUGUGCCGAAUGCCUCUCCCGAAUCCUCUCCGUGCUGGCUCCUUGGUCCCAGAAGCCAGCCCUGCCCAGGGAGCUUCCUUCUGGGGAAUCCCCAGUGCUCCUGUGGAAGGUGGACUUGAAGGUGGAGGACAUGAACCUGUUCACCCUUUCUAGCCUGGUGGGUGCUUCUGAGGUCCGACUGGACACACUGACAGUCCUGGGCAGUGCAGAGAGUUCCACGGUGGGUGUCCAAGGACUUGUUUUGGCCCUGGUCAAAACAGUUACAGAGAAGAUGCAGCCGUGUUGCAAGGCCCCUGACAUUCCUACUCCAGUGCUCAGCCUUUCCAUGCUCUCCAUCACCUACCACAGUAGCAUCCGUUCUCUAGAGGUGCAGUGUGGGGCAGGCCUGAUGUUACUCUGGAGCCCCCCAGAUCACAUGUACUUGUACCAACACAUCUUGGCCACGCUCCAGUGCCGAGACCUCCUCAGAGCCACACUGAGGCCGGAUGAUCCUCUGCUCCAGACCCCGGAACAGCCAGGAGCCCUUCCUGAACCCAAGGACAGUCCCCCUGAACUAGCUCCCCCAAAGCGACUGCUCAACCUCACUUUGGAGGUGAGCACAGCCAAACUGACUGCUUUCGUGGCAGAAGACAAGUUCAUUACUCUGGUGGCCGAAAGUGUGUCCCUGAGCCGCCACGGUGGCUCCCUCCAGGUCUACUGCCCUGAACUAGCUGCUGGCUUUGAUGGCAACAGCAUCUUCAGUUUCAAGGAGGUGGAGGUUCAGCUGCUGUCUGAACUGGAGGAGAUGAUCCUGCACCGAAACCCCUUCCCUGGGCUGGAGACCCUGCGCAACCGCGUCUGGCUCUUCUCCCUGGGCUCGGUGGCAGUGGAGUUCCCUUACCAGUAUGAUUUCUCUCGCACCCUGGAUGAGGCUGUAGGGGUACAGAAGUGGUUGAAGGGGCUGCAUCGUGGGGCCCGCCCUGGGGGGCCCCCUGGCCCCACUCCCCUCCCUCCUGACCUGCUGAUCAAGGUCCAGCACUUCUCAUGGGUCUUCCUGGAUGACAUCUUUGAGGUGAAGCUGCGGGACAACUAUGAGCUCAUGAAGGAUGAGAGCAAGGAAAGCGCCAAGCGGCUACAGCUCCUGGACGCCAAGGUAGCUGCCCUCCGCAAGCAGCACGGGGAGCUGCUCCCGGCCCGCAAGAUAGAAGAACUCUAUGCCUCUUUGGAGCGCAAGAACAUCGAGAUCUACAUCCAGCGGUCCCGCCGUCUCUAUGGCAACACGCCCAUGCGCCGGGCCCUGCUCACCUGGAGCCUGACCGAGCUGGAGCUGGUGGCCCUGGCCGACGCCUCCUUCCACGGGCCCGAGCGGGUGCUCAAGCAGCUGAAGGAACUGGACCCCAGCAGCCCUUUCCCCUGCGAAGGCCUGGAGCUCGUCAUUCAGUGGUGUCGCAUGCUCAAGUGCAACGUGAAGACCUUCCUGGUGCGGAUCCGCGAUUACCCUCGCUACCUCUUUGAGAUUCGGGAGUGGAGGCUGCUAGGCCGACUGGUGGGCACAGAGCAGAGCGGGCAGCCGUGCUCCCGGCGACGACAAACCCUGCACCUGGGACCCCCCUGGGGGGACGUGGUCGUGGAAAGGAACAUGCCCCCACUCAAGUUCUACCAUGAUUUCCGUUCCGAGGUCUUCCAGUACACCGUGGUAUGGGGGCCGUGCUGGGACCCAGCCUGGACGUUAAUCGGCCAGUCUGUGGACCUCCUGACGAAGCCUUCGGCUGACCCCAGUGCUCCUUUGCCUUGGUGGGACAAGAGCCGCUUGCUUUUCCACGGAGACUGGCAUAUGGACAUCGAGCAGGCCAACCUGCACCAGCUCGCUACCGAGGAUCCCUAUAAUACAACUGAAAACAUGCACUGGGAGUGGAGCCACCUCUUUUUUCACUGGAAACCAGGUCAAUUCGUGUUCAGGGGUGACUUGGAUGUCAAUGUGCGGACAGCCUCCAAGUAUGACGACUGCUGCUUCCUCCACUUGCCUGACCUCUGUAUGACGCUGGACCUGCAGUGGCUGUGCCAUGGGAACCCUCAUGACCACCACAGUGUCGUCCUUCGAGCUCCAGAGUUCUUGCCGGAAGUGUCCCAUGGCCAGCUCCAUGACUCCUACCGGGCCUUCAGAUCUGAGAACCUCAAUCUCUCCAUCAAGAUGGACCUGACUCGGCCCAGUGGGACCCUGUCCCAGCCGCGGAUUCUGCUAUAUAGCAGUACUCUUCGAUGGAUGCAGAACUUCUGGGCAACAUGGACCAGUGUCACCCGGCCCAUCUGUCGAGGAAAACUCUUCAGUAACAUGAAACCUGGGAAGAAGAAGCUUGGCCAGCAUUACAAGCAGCUCUCCUACACCGCCCUCUUCCCCCAGCUGCAGGUGCAUUACUGGGCCUCAUUUGCUCAGCAGCGGGGCAUUCAGGUUGAGUGCAGUCAGGGCCACGUCUUCACUCGGGGAACCCAGCGACUUAUACCUCAAGCGGGCACCGUGAUGCGACGCCUCAUUUCUGAAUGGAGUGUGACACAGAUGGUGAGUGACCUGAGUCAGGUGACGGUGCACCUGAUGGCUUCACCUAGUGAUGAGAGCUCUGAUCACCGGCUGGACCUGCUGGUCACCAAGACUCACCUGCUGAGCCUGUCUUCCCUCACCUACCAGCGGCAUAGCACCCGUACUGCUGAAGAGGAGCUCUCCUCCCGAGAUGGGGACCCUGCCUUUCACACCCACCAAUUGCACUUAGUGGACCUGCGUGCUUCCUGGACCACGACCAACAGAGACAUUGCCUUUGGCCUCUACGAUGGCUACAAAAAGGCAGCUGUACUAAAACGAAAUCUUUCCACUGAGGCCCUAAAGGGGUUAAAGAUUGAUCCCCAGCUGCCGGCCAAAAAACCAAAGCGGGGUAUCCUACCCAACCCCCCAACCCCUCCUCGGGUCAAUACUACCAGCCUCAGCAAAGGGCCUGAAAAGGGCUCCUCGGGAGGUGCCCAUAUGUUGCGGAAGCUCAUUGAGGAGACAGACAAAUUUGUGGUGUUCACAGAAGAGGAGUCGGGAGUCAGUGAGCAGCUGUGUGGCAUAGCCGCCUGCCAGACAGAUGAUAUUUUCAACCGAAACUGCCUCAUUGAGCUGGUCAACUGCCAGAUGGUUCUUCGAGGUGCAGAGACAGAGGGAUGCGUCAUUGUUUCUGCAGCCAAAGCACAGCUGCUUCAGUGCCAGCAUCACCCAGCCUGGUAUGGUGAUACCCUCAAGCAGAAGACCUCCUGGACGUGUCUCCUGGAUGGUAUGCAGUACUUUGCUACCACUGAGAGUAGCCCUACUGAACGUGAUGACCGGCAGCUCUGGUUAGAGGUGAAGAACAUUGAGGAGCACCGGCAGCGAAGUCUGGACUCUGUGCAGGAGCUGAUGGAAAGUGGGCAGGCUGUGGGCGGCAUGGUCAGCACCACCACAGACUGGAACCAGCCCUCAGAGGCCCAGCAGGCCCAGCAAGUCCAGCGGAUCAUCUCUCGCUGCAGUUGUCGCAUGUAUUACAUCAGCUAUAGUCACGACAUUGACCCUGAGCUGGCCACCCAGAUAAAGCCCCCUGAGGUCCAUGAGCAGCAGGAAGAAAAGGAAGAUCUGCUGAAAAAGCAGGAAGGUGCUGUGGACACCUUUACUCUCAUCCACCAUGAACUGGAAAUCUCUACCAACCCAGCCCAGUAUGCCAUGAUCCUAGACAUCGUCAACAACUUGUUGCUCCAUGUGGAACCCAAGCGCAAGGAACAUAGUGAGAAAAAGCAGCGAGUACGCUUCCAACUGGAAAUCUCCAGCAACCCUGAAGAGCAGCGCAGCAGCAUCUUACAUUUACAGGAGGCUGUAAGGCAGCACGUGGCUCAGAUUCGGCAGCUUGAGAAGCAGAUGUACUCCAUCAUGAAGGCUCUGCAGGAUGACAGUAAGAAUGAGAACCUCCUUGACCAGAACCAGAAACUACAGAUGCAGCUGAGCAAAGAGAAGGCUGACCUACAGCUAGAAAGCGAGGAACUCAAUAUCCUCAUCAGGUGUUUUAAGGACUUCCAACUCCAGCGGGCCAACAAGAUGGAACUUCGAAAGCAGCAAGAGGAUGUGAGCGUGGCCCGCCGUACCGAGUUUUACUUUGCCCAGGCACGGUGGCGCCUCACUGAGGAGGACGGGCAACUGGGCAUUGCUGAGCUGGAGCUCCAGCGAUUCCUCUAUAGCAAGGUGAAUAAAUCCGACGAUACGGCUGAACAUCUCCUGGAGCUGGGCUGGUUCACGAUGAACAACCUCCUGCCCAAUGCGGUCUACAAGGUGGUGCUACGACCCCAGAGCUCUUGCCAGUCUGGUCGGCAGCUGGCCCUGCGCCUGUUCAGCAAAGUCCGGCCUCCUGUCGGCGGCAUCUCCAUCAAGGAGCACUUUGAGGUCAAUGUGGUUCCUCUCACCAUCCAACUGACACACCAGUUCUUCCAUCGAAUGAUGGGCUUUUUCUUUCCUGGUCGUAGCAUGGAGGAUGAGGAGGUUGGGGAUGAGGAGGACAAGUCCAAACUUGUGACCACGGGUAUGCCGGUGGUGAAGCCACGGCAGCUGAUCACAACAGAUGAUGCCGUAUCUCUGGGCCCUGGCAAGGGGGUGGCUCAGGGCCUGAACCGCAGCUCUGGGGUCAGGAGGUCAUUCCGCAAAGCACCCGAGCACCCUGUGGAUGACAUAGACAAAAUGAAGGAGCGAGCAGCCAUGAAUAACUCCUUCAUCUACAUCAAGAUCCCCCAAGUUCCACUUUGUGUCAGCUAUAAGGGCGAGAAGAACAGUGUGGAUUGGGGUGACCUUAACCUAGUUCUACCGUGUCUAGAGUAUCACAACAACACGUGGACAUGGCUGGACUUUGCCAUGGCCGUCAAGAGGGACAGCCGCAAAGCCCUGGUUGCCCAGGUGAUCAAGGAGAAGCUAAGACUGAAGCCAGCUGCGGGCUCUGAGAGCCGAGGGAAGCUUGAAACAAAGUCGGACCUGGCCGUUCAGCAGCAGGAGGAGGACGAGAAAGCUCGGCUCCUCAUCGGUCUGAGUGUGGGUGACAAGAACCCCAGCAAGAAGUCCAUUUUCGGCAGGAGAAAAUGAGCAGAGAAAGCCCCUGUGGGGCAAGUCUGGACUCUGGCCCCAGGCGACUCAGGGUGGGGGCAGGGGGUGGAACUCCCCCUGCUCCUGGGGAUAUGUGGGGGCCUUAGGGAAUGACACCUGUGCUGGGCUAUGAGGAAGGGCAGCAUCGGUCCCCUUGGAGGGCCUAGUGGCCGAUGCCACUGCUGCCAGUUCCUGUGUGAGAUUGCCACAAGAUCCAGGGCAUUGGGGUCAAAGCCCAGAGCAGGGACAUAGGUGAUGGGUCCUUCCCUCCGGGGCCAGAGGAGAAUGGGGAAGGGGUAGCAGAUGCAGAGCAGAAGUGUUACAUUUUUAUAAAUAGUUUCUAUAAAUAUUUCUAUGUGUAACCUUUCCCCAUGUGCCAGGGGAAGGAAGCUGUGGGCUGGGCCAGUCCCUCUCUCAGCCUCAUCACUUCUGUAGCCUUGUUCAGAAAGGGGACUUUGUGUGCUAGAGGGGGGAACCACCCUCCCAUCCUUGCCCAGUCUUUGUGCCAAGCUCUGCUGGGAGGAUGUCACCGAGUGCCAGAACUAGCCAUGGGUCCCUUAUCCUCUCCCUUUGGGCAAGCCCUCAGUGGUGGUGGUGGUGGUGGUGGUGGUGGUGACAAAAUGAGAUUCAAGGAGAAAGAAAGAAAGAAAGAUGAUUUUAAAUCUGAUGCUGUUUUGUGCUUCUAUCCAAUGCGUGGACCCCACUUUUCUGUGUUUGCUAUUGGUGGCUCCUAGCCCCACUCUGUAGCUGUGGCCUGGGGACGAGAUGCCUUUGCCCAUCCUUCCUAUCCCUGGCCAUUCCUGUGUGAUGAAGACCUUGUCUUGUGCCUUCCUUCCUUUCUUCAUUUGUGCCGCCUAGAAUCACUGUCCCCCUUCGGUGGUUAGGGAGUAGGUCUGCAUUUUAGACACUUACUCUAAAGUCGGGGACAUUGCUCUUUGUGCAGCCGGCUCUCUGGGAAUGUGUACCCAGAAGUCUAAGUGGAGCAGGAGGCAGGCACCAUGAAUAAUGGAGCUGGGGGUGGGACUCAUGAAUGAUGCAUCACAAAGGGGUGGGCCUGCUUAUGUAACUGGGACAGAGGGGUCUGGCAGCUGGGGAGCCUCUGGCGGGAUGGGAGUAGCAGGCAGCCGGCGGUCCCCUCCCCACAAGGUAAGUGGCCGGGGCAGCUUUGGUUUUCUGCCCAGGGUAGGGAAAAAUGCCAGGGGGGGGGGAGUGAAAGAGUGCAAGCGAAGAUGACCAGGAUGAGAGCUGUGAGAAAACCGAAAGAGGGGAGAAGGGAUAAGUGGUCCCAGCUCAGAAAUGAAAAGGAAGUGUCCUGUGGAAAUGGGGUUGGUGUAGGACCCAUGAGAGUGAGAAUCUGGCUUUGUGCCCAGGACUAGGCAAUGCCAAGCUGUGUUCGAUGAACAGAAUACAGGCUGGUGCACGGAGAAGAGCCGACUGCACUGCGCUGAGCAACC